CUCGCUCUCUCUCCUCGCCGGCUCUGUUCCUCUUACAAUCGAGAAAAGAUUGUGGAAUAAUUCAAAAUGACUUCCAUUAUAUCCACUAUUUCGUUAGUCGCUCUCGUCGGAAUAUGCUUGGCAGAAGCCAAUUACUUGCCACCAUCAAAUGGAAAUGGCAACGGUAACGGGAAUAUACUCAACGGCAAUGGAAAUGUUAAUGGCGUCAAUGGCAAUGGCGCAUUCGGAAAUGGUAAUGGCGUGAAUGGAAAUGGCGGAUAUACCAAUGGUAAUGGCGUGAAUGGAAAUGGCGCUUAUGUAAAUGGAAAUGGGAAUGGUGCCAAUGGAAAUGGCAUAAAUGGUAAUGGCGGAUAUACCAUUGGUAAUGGUGUGAAUGGAAAUGGAAAUGGUAAUGGUGUAUAUGCUAAUGGAAAUGGUGUAAAUGGUAAUGGGGUGUAUGCUAAUGGAAACGGUGUAAACGGUGGAUAUCAGAAUGGAAAUGGAGUGACCGUGUACGCCAAUGGCAUUGUGGAUCCCUUCAGAGCUCUAGCUGAUGCCAUUGCGGUGGCGGCGUCCCAGGUGUGGACUACCCAUCCUGGCCUUCGUCCCCUCCACGGGUAUUCUCCUGCAACGGCCUACUUCCUGGAUAUUAUGCUGAUACAUCUCCCGAGGCUGGUUGCCAGAUUAUUUAAUAAGAAGGUAGGUUUUGUUUCAACUACACCCUGCUUUAGCAUCUACUCUGAUGUCAUCCGGCCUUUGUUAUUCCUCAUGUCAAGUUACCCAAGUUUUAACUCCUUUGGAUCACAGGGGAUUAAAUAG